CACCUUUUCUUUGCGGAUCGAAGGCCAUUCACUAGAUACUAUACGGUAAUAGUUGCAAACAUUCGGAAUGGCUUUUUCUUUUGGAGGAGCUCCUGCUCAACCGGCUGCUUCGAGCAGCUUCAGCUUCGGUGGUGCAUCGACGCAAAACAAUCAGUCCGCUACCGGUACUGGAACCAGUCUCUUUGGCAACAAUAAUACCAGUACUUUGGGUCAAAGCACUGGGGGAGGGCUAUUUGGUGCGAAGCCAGCUGCUACUACUGGGGCUACUGGAGGAGGGCUGUUCGGAAGUUCGCAGCAGCCCGCUCAACCUGCAUCAUCAUCGUUGUUCGGCGCCCCGGCCGCUCAGCAAAACCAACAACCACAACAAUCGGGAGGACUGUUUGGAAGUACCUUAGGGAACAACUCGACUUCACUCUUCGGCCCGCAGCAGCAGCAACAACAACAGCAACCGCAGCAGCAGCAGCAACAACAACAACAACCGCUUCAACAGUCCACCUUGAACAGUUCUACCCUGGGUAUCCUCGGUCCCUCGCAAAAUCAAAACAGGUCGAGCCUGUUUGCUAGCGUCUCCGGCUCGUCGGUACCGAAAAAGAGGACCUUGCAGGAGAGAUUACAGAAGAUCGCUUCUGGGGUGAUCGAUCCUGCUCAAAGCGAAUUGCGGUCAUAUGUGUACUACGCUGCUCCGGCUUCCAACGGACAAGAACACCAAUGGCCUGGCGAUCAGUACAUCAGCAAGCAGCUGUUUGAUGAGGCUCAGCGACACAACCCGAACAGGAGCGCUCUCCUGCCUAUCCAGUUGAAGGGGUACGAGGCUAUGAAGCAGCGGGUGGAGAUUCAGGUCAAACACCAGGCGGAUCAGCGGACGUACUUUGACGCUCUUCAAGGGCAAUUGAACUCUGCCUAUCAGGAGAUCACACAGAGCCUGUCGCUAUCGCAAGACAAGCUGGCCGCUCAAUCCGCUCGAGUCUUCUCGCUUCUCGUGAAAUACGUCGCCGACUUUGCGCUGCUCGUGAGGACGGUAAAGGGGUCGGAUCUGACGAGGCAAGAAGAGGAGACGUACAAGCUGCUGAAGGAAGUAUUGAAGGCGUACGAAAUCACGGGUAACGGAGGCAGGAUGGAGGGCAAGUUGGCAGAGUUCUGGGCUUGCAUCUUGCGGUUGAAGCAGGUGGUGGACAGUGGAUAUGCUUCGAACGGCAAAUUCGAUUGGAGUUUGGAAUCCGAGCAAGAUCUGUUGCGUAUCUUCAAGGAGCAAGGCAAGGCGCUCACCGCUCUGCGCAAUGUCGCGCAAGACCAGAAGUUUGACGUCGACACUCUAGAGAAGGGUCUACCUCUCGUCGUCUAGAUUUUCAGCCUAUUCAGUGUACAUGGGAUCAGCUUACCGAUGUAACAAUGUACGCGGGACAUAUUUCGCUUUGCAAAGUGAUAGCGGAACGACUCUGAAAGCGAUGCACGAUUGCGAAGCUUAUAAUGACUAUUGAUCUAUCGAGGACCUGAAAA